GGCAGCGGCGGCGGCGGAGGCGCCUCUGCAGCUCCGGCUCCUCCUGGCCUCCCGGGAACUACAAGUCCCAGGGGGCCUGGCGGCGGGCGGCGGGCGGAAGAGGCGGGGUCGGCGCCGCGGGGCCGGAAGUGGCCGUGGAGGCGGAAGUGGCGCGGCCGCGGAGGGGCCUGGAGCACGGCGGCGGGACCCGGAGCGGGAGCAGCGGCGGCGGCGGCUGGGGGCGGCGGCAGCGGCGCGCUGGAGGCGGCCAUGGCAAAGCAGUACGACUCGGUGGAGUGCCCGUUUUGUGAUGAGGUGUCCAAAUAUGAGAAGCUCGCUAAGAUCGGCCAAGGCACCUUCGGGGAGGUGUUUAAGGCAAAGCACCGUAAGACCGGCAAAAAGGUGGCUCUGAAGAAAGUGCUGAUGGAGAACGAGAAGGAGGGGUUCCCCAUUACAGCCUUGCGGGAAAUCAAGAUUCUCCAACUUCUAAAACACGAGAAUGUGGUCAACUUGAUUGAGAUCUGUCGAACCAAAGCUUCCCCCUAUAACCGCUGCAAAGGCAGUAUAUACCUAGUGUUUGACUUCUGCGAGCAUGACCUUGCUGGGCUGCUGAGCAAUGUCUUAGUCAAGUUCACACUGUCUGAGAUCAAGAAGGUCAUGCAGAUGUUGCUCAAUGGCCUCUACUACAUCCACAGAAAUAAGAUCUUGCACAGGGACAUGAAGGCAGCUAAUGUGCUCAUCACUCGCGAUGGGGUUCUGAAGCUGGCAGACUUUGGGCUGGCCCGGGCCUUCAGCCUGGCCAAGAACAGCCAGCCCAACCGCUAUACCAACCGUGUGGUGACACUCUGGUACCGGCCCCCGGAGCUGUUGCUCGGGGAGCGGGACUACGGCCCCCCCAUUGACCUGUGGGGUGCUGGGUGCAUCAUGGCGGAGAUGUGGACCCGCAGCCCUAUCAUGCAGGGCAACACCGAGCAGCACCAGCUUGCCCUCAUCAGCCAGCUCUGUGGCUCCAUCACCCCUGAGGUAUGGCCCAAUGUGGACAAGUACGAGCUAUUUGAGAAGCUGGACCUGGUCAAGGGCCAGAAACGGAAGGUGAAGGACAGGCUGAAGGCCUAUGUGCGAGACCCCUACGCGCUGGAUCUCAUCGAUAAGUUGCUGGUGCUGGAUCCCGCACAGCGCAUCGACAGUGACGACGCCCUCAACCACGAUUUCUUCUGGUCAGACCCGAUGCCCUCGGAUCUCAAGGGCAUGCUGUCCACCCACCUGACGUCCAUGUUCGAGUAUCUGGCGCCACCGCGCCGGAAGGGCAGCCAGAUCACCCAGCAGUCCACCAAUCAGAGCCGCAAUCCCGCCACCACCAAUCAGACGGAGUUCGAGCGUGUCUUCUGAGGGCCAGCUGCCCGUGCUUUUCGUUAGGGCAGUUUUAUUCUGCUUUGUGACUUGGACUGUGGAGAUGAUGGGGCAUUUGAGUUUUCUCUAGUGCUUAUUUCAUUUCAUCCCCACCCUGGGCACUGGGAACACCAGCUGAGCGGACUGGAGGAAAGCUUUGGCUGAAAGGCCGGGAGGGCACUGGGGUGCCUCGCCUUGUUUCCUGGCUUUCCAUUUACCUUCAGACAGGAAUGGGGUGGGAGGAGAGGCACAUCCCAGCAGUGACUUUCUAAGAGUUUCCAGCAUGAUAGGAAGGGACAGGUCCCUCGCCUAUUGCCAGCCCUCCUCUCAGGAUGAGAAACGUGUGGGGGACAGAACUGGCCCCAGGAGUGGGCUACUCUUGGCCCAACCCUCAGAAGCCCUGGGGCUGGCAAAAACUUGGUUUCUUCAAUAGAGAAUUUUAUCGUGUUUCUUUUGUUCAGUUUUGAGACAUUCCUGGACACCAUUUGGUCAGUUAUAAUUAAAGUUGACUUUUUUUUCAGUAA